AUGGCUUCGAACCUUCCUCUUCCUCUUCCGCCGCGCACCCCCACUCCGCCAGCGGAUGACGAAUAUGCCUCCCAGAUUAACUCAGGGAUCCCUAUCGAUCGCAAUGCCCUAUCGCCGCUCAAGGCUUCCUUUCCGAAGGGUAUUAUGGAUGAUGAAAGCAGAGAUACCCUAAGCCCAACGAAGUCCUCUUUCAACCUGGCAACCUCGCCUGAAGAUGCAGAGACACCGAUCGAAAAUGGCCCUAACGACUCGUCCCCUACGGGGCCAUUCAAUUUCAAUACUACUGUUAUGGCGAAGAGCCCAGUGAUCAAAUCGAACAUGGGACAACGUCGUGGCCACAAGUACAAACACAGUAGCAUAUCGCAUCAGAUCUUCCUCGAGCCUCCUCCUCGCGCGCCCCUAGCCCUUCCGAACUCCCUACCUAUGCCAACACUGAAAGAAUGCCGAUCUAGCAUGUCAAAGGACCAAAAGACCCGCUUCUGGUGGAGUCUCUGUCAUAUGUUCAUUGCGGCAUACACACUCUGGACCGCGCAUGGGUCCCUUGCCAUGACAGCAUUGUCGCAUCUGAUUCUGUUUGAUUCACUUGGCGCUCUCCUGUGUGUUGCGGUUGAUGUGCUGGGCAAUUUUGAAGUCUGGAAGCGAUCGACUAUCCGCCACCCGUUCGGCCUUGAACGUGCAGAAGUUCUAGCCGGGUUUGCGAUGGCUGUACUUCUUUUGUUUAUGGGGAUGGAUCUUAUCUCCCACAAUCUGCAACAUUUCCUCGAGAAGUCUGGUCAUGAGCCUCAUCGCCCGCAUGAGCAUGAUCGGGUAUCUCUGGGUAGCGUGGAUGUGACUGCAGUUCUAGCUAUUUCGUCGACGCUUGUGUCGGCAAUUGGUCUCAAGAACCACGCUCGAAUUGGGAAGGCUAUGCGAUUUGGGUACAUCCAGUCUCUUCCGUCGGUCUUGAGCAACCCGUCUCACUUCCUCACUCUCUCUUGUUCAACUUUGCUGCUGCUUUUACCUCUGGUCUCAAUCCGCAUCUACGACUGGCUCGAUAAGCUCCUGUCUGGAACCAUUGCCUUCUCAAUGUGCUUCCUAGGAACUCGCUUAGUCAAGACUCUAGGCUCCAUGCUUCUCAUGUCCUACUCCGGCCAAGGAGUUUCUGAUGUCAUCAAGGAUAUUGAAGCCGACCCUUCUGUGUUCGGGAUUGAUGACGCUCGAUUCUGGCAGGUCCAUUAUGGGCUAUGUAUGGCAAACCUCAAGCUACGAGUCACUGGUUCUGAGGACAAUCUUGCCCGGCUACGGGAGAAGAUCUCCAGCUUGAUUCGCAACAGGCUGGGUGGCGGGUAUGGCACCGGGAGUCAAAGAUGGGAGGUUUCUUUGCAAUUUACGAUUGAGCGUGCAUGA